UUCCUGCAGCCUAUCAGUACGGAUGGCCCCCAGCGAUGCUCACAGACGCAUGCAGGCUGGGAGAAGCUCACAAGGAGGAGCAGUCACCCGGUCAGGUGCAGAGGCGAACCAGACGUCACCGCACUAUUUUCACAGAGGAGCAGCUGGACGCACUAGAGGAACUGUUCCUGCAGAACCAGUAUCCAGAUGUGACCACAAGGGAGAAACUAGCACAGCACACUCAUUUAAGGGAAGAAAGAGUAGAGGUUUGGUUUAAAAACCGAAGAGCAAAGUGGAGGCGUCAGAAAAGACUAUCAUUUGGUAUGGGAAACACAGAAAACUAAAUUUAUAAGGAUAUUUAUGGACCAUAACAUUGAAAAGGAGAGAGUUGUGUAUGAGUGUGAGCUUGAGUUACAUAAACACAAGGAUUUUUUUAUUGCUAUUGUUAUCAAAUAUAAUAGCCAGACAAAAGUGUUAUUUUUCAUAUAAGAGACAAACUUUUUUUGUGUCAGUCAAAUCAUGUGACAGUUGUGUAGCCUAUUUGUGAAUCUGAUUGGUUGAGCGCAUGAUGGAAGGACUUGCAGUAUAUGCUGAUACUAAAUCUUGAAUCUGUAAAUGGGUUGUUAUAGGUUGCACUGGUUGUGAGUGUCAAGUGUCCUUGAGAAUAAAUAAAGUUCUUUUACGAGAGAUAG